AUGGCCACCAAGCGCCGCUUCGCCCUCGCAGUGCUUUGCGUCGCGGUGGCGCUCCACGCCGCGUCGGCGGGCAGAACCGUGCCGGCAGGCGGCUCCGGCGGCGCCCCCACCGCCACGGCGGCCACUCUCCCGGCUGCCGUGGCCGCGGCCGGCGCCAAGAACGGCGGCGCCACUGACGCCGGCGUGGCGGACAAGAAGAACCUGUUCGUGGGCGUGGGCGGCAUGGGCAACUUCCCGGGCUUCCCGGCCGUCGGCGCCGGGUACGGCGGUGGCUUCGGCAACAACGGCGGGGGCGUCUUCAGCGGCGUCACGGGUCCGCUCGGCGGCGUCGGGAGCGGCGUCGGGGGCGUCGGCCCGCUCGGCGGAGUCGGUGGCUUCGGGCCCCUCGGCGGCGGCGGCGGCAUCCCGUUCGGCGGCUUCGGCGGCGGCGGCGCCCCGGCGUUCGGAGGCUACGGCGGAGGCGCCGGGGGGGGCGCCGGUGGCGUCACGCCUUGA